UGUUCGCGAGCCCGCGCGGCCCGCCAGUUCACAGUCCGCGCGCAACAGCAGAGCGGCGCGAGAGGAAAGGGUGGCGGGGGCGGCAAGGGACGGAGGGGAGGACGGCAGCGCCAGCGGCGGCGGCGGGAUCUAAGGGCGGCCCGCCCCCUGCAACACGAAUUCCGAAAAUCUGAAGAGCUGGAAUGGUGUAGCAAUGAGUCUGCCGUCGGCUGAAGCCCUGCACGCCGCCAUGCUGGUCCCGGGCAGACGGCUGUGCUGCCCGGGGGGGGAACAGGGAGGACGGGGAGGGAGGCGCGAGUGGGAGGGGUCGGAGAGGGAGGGGGAGGCCGAGGGGAAGGAGGGACGCUCAGACGCCGCAGACUUCGACGAUGAGCAGCCGGCGGGCGCAGCAGCCAGGCGCGGACUCCACAUGUACAAACACGGUGGCAUCGCACUGGGCCGAUGCUCGUCUACAGCAUGGACCCGUCAGUGCCCUGCCGACGUAAACGGCUGAGCUUGCUGCCCUUUGUCCAACCCGUCGCCCUGUUGGCUGGUCGGCCCCUCCGCCACCCCUGGCACAUUA